GUGACGUCACCAUCUAUGUCCGAUAAAGAGGACUGUAUUGAUCACGUGGCUUCUGCAUCUCUGCAACAAUAUCACCCCAUAGUGGCCAUACAAUAGGAUUUGGUAUUUCAUUCAACACUGAUCAUGGUUUCGAUUCGGAGUAUUAUAGGUCAUCACGCACAAACAAAGGACCUGCUUAUCAAGGGUUUGCGGCACUUCAGUAGUACCACGACAUGCCUCACAAACAAACACACCCACCUCGACCCCAACCUUCACCAGCAACCCCACCAAGGCCAUCGACGGAGCCAAAGACCCACCCAUCCGGGUCAACACUCCACCUCUGGCUCUGCAGGCCGCAUCCACGUCUCUGUCAACAAGAACGUUACUUUAGCGCACCACGUCCACCAUGGGGACGAUCAGGUGGGAGGACCCCGCCCCCUUUUGUUGUUGUUAGGCUGGCUUUUCGCAAAACCCUCCCACUUGAAGAAAUUCAGCGACUUCUACACUGAACACGGCUUCGAUGUGAUGACAGUGCGGGUAACUCUCUCCCAGCUUCUCCGGCCCAAGACCGUACAGAGUCUCAUGCAGCACGUCCUUGACCUCUGUUACGAAGGCCAACGUCGGGAGCAGCCGCUGCUGUGCCACGCCCUCUCCGUCGGCGGAUACAUGUACGGCGAGCUUCUCACAAGCCUCAAUCGCUUCAGCGAGCGCUAUCAAGACUUCGACAAGCGGUUGUUCGGGAAGAUAUUUGAUAGUCCGGUCGACUUUUACGGGAUUCCGAACGGCGUUGCUAGGGCGAUGACCGGUGACCCGAAGAGGGUGCAGCGUAUUGAAAAGAUGUUGGAGUGGUAUAUGGAGAAAUUCAGACCGGUCACGAAACAGUAUAUCAAUUCGUCGGAAAACGUACACCGGAACGAACUGAAAACACCAGCGCUCUUCCUGUAUUCGCAAAACGACCCCGUCGUAAACCCGGUACACAUCGAGGCUUUAGCGCACACAUGGCGCGGGCGGGGCAUCAGGGCGGCGACCGCCUGUUGGGAGCGCGCCCCGCAUGUCACUUCCUUCAAGAUGUACCCGGAGGAGUACAAGAGUCAUGUGAUCAAUUUUAUUUGGGGAACCGGACUUCCCGGCCAUAGGUUACCGAAAAGUGAGACUGCGUACGCUUCUGUGGAGAGCGACAACAAUAAGGAACAGCUGGUCAUGCAGAUGGCAUAUGCAUGAGAAAGAAGAAACCGGCUUUAGUCCUAGUUUUUCAAAGUUGUGUAAAACAACAGACCAACUGUUUGAUACUUUGAUUCUCAUUCAUUGAUAUACAUGUACAUGUAUUGUGCUUGUUGUUAUUAUUUGUAUUUGUUUGGAUAUCAAUUACGUCAUGUACUUGGGUUUAAUGGAAUACUGUUGAAAAUGCUUGAAGAGAGUCACCUUUAUGAACGUUCGGUUCAGACAUUUAAUUAAGCAAACCAUGGCUUCAACUAUGUACAUUUAAAUUGCAUGAUAAUUUUACUUGUGUAGUUUUUAGUUUGUGUGCACAGUAUUUAACGGGUUUAAAUAUGGAACGGUAUGUUGGUAAAAAUAGCAUCCUUCUUUAUGACUGUUUCAUGAUUCUUGAUGGUACUUUCAAUAUGUAUGGAGACACCUUUUCAUUCUUUAUGACAAAUUGUGCCUGAUGACAAAUGUCAUUUUACAUUCGGCUUAAUGGUAUCAUUCAUUUGUACAAAUGCAACAUUCUUGUUCGUAAAUUGCAUGCUAGGUAUUUGCAUGUUGGUUUGUGCAGGAAAGACUUCUGCAUUGUGCAAUAUGUGCAUAGUGGACACGAUGCGUUGAACAAAUUUACGCGAUAUUCAGUACCGAAGUGGUGUUGAUUGGCACACGUAAGCUUUGCUUACACAUACAAUUAAAAUAGCAGCGUGUUGUUGAUAUUGUCCACAUAUUAUUUAAUGUGUACUAAUUGUUGUUUAUACCUCCAUAAUGAUUAAGAAACGAAAUACAAGCACAUAUUAACAA